CAGUUAAGCGACCAAUCUUGGUGCACUUAAAGGAGUUGGUCGUCUAUUGGAAAAAUCAAGAAAAUAAGCUCAAAUUCAACUGAUUAACAUAAUUUCUUGACAAGCAAAACUUAGGUAAAUAGACAACUGGCAAUAAUCGUAUUCAUCAUAUAUAGCACUUGGACUGUUGAAACUUUGUACAUUACAUUUUGCAUCAAUGUUAAAAUUCACAUUUUUACUUACAGAAAUGUAUUAUCAUAAUCAUAUCAUAGAUAGUAUCAGCCAUCUCUUUUUGUAAGUCAACUGCUGUUAUCUGUCAGCAUACUUGAUCAGCGCUAUCAAAAACUGAGCUUUUGUGACAUUUGAGCAAUAUUGUUUUCUUACAAUCACAUGUGGUCAUGCCGUGUGGUCGCUUACAGGAAAUAGAAAACAAAAGAAUGUGCCAAAUUUUUGGUUUAAAAAGUGGUUGUGGUUGUUAAGAAAUUUUGGGAUUGGCAGCUUACAAGAGAGUUUUUGAAACAGUAUUUGAAUGAGAAACAAAACUGUUAUUUUCAAAGUGGCCACUUACGGGAGGUGGUCACAUACAAGAAGUGGUCGUUAUGAGAGACAGUUGACUGUAGUAGAGCUGCUGGUUGUGGUGGGGAAGGCAAUGAUUGUGGUGUUGAUUGGUAUGUUGAUGGUGAUAGUAGUUGUGGCAGUUAUUGUUUUGGUGGCAGUGAGGGUGUUGAAAAUUGUGGCAGUGCUGGUGUUAAAGCAGAUGAUGGUGAGAGUGAUGACGAUGACAAUAGUUGACACUGUGCUGGUGACGUUGCUCAAAAAGGUGGUGGUGGUAAUGCUGAUAGUCAUUAUUAUGAUAAUAUUACUGUCGUAUUGUUGUAAUGAUCUUUCAUGAAGAUGGUGUGAACUGCAGAAAUCAAAUUGAAAUGAGGAUAUAAUUGUCCCAGUUUUAAUAGCAAUUUAAGCGAUAAUUGCAAUAUAUUAAUUAACCUGAAAAAAAUUUCAGGCUUUAAUGGGAUUUGAGCCCAUGCCCUUGUUAAAUUCCAAAACUUAUUUCAGGUUAAUUUGCAGUUUAAUAUCGCUUAAAUUGUAAUUACAACUGCGACAAGCGUAUUUUCUUUUUGAUUUUUUCUUGCCUCUUUUCUACCCUCUUGUCUGUUGUUUUUUAUGUCUGUCCUCCUUUCUCAUGGGCACCACAUUUUUUGCUCCCUUUAUUUCUCAUGUGACCCAGGCAAGGAAGUUACUAUGGUAUCUGUAUAUUAUUAUCAUUAUUUUCAUUUUUAAUGUUAUUAGUGUUUAUGUUGUAGGUAAUUUUUUAUCUCAGUUAAUUUUUAUUUUUCUAUUGUUUUUGGGUAUGGUAAUGUAUGCUAAUGAAUUUGAAACAAAGGAAAAAUAAAAUUAACUGAAAAUAAAAAAUUAACUGCACCAUUUACAUGGAAUGGUCUGUUCAUUUUUACAGAUAGCAGUGUAGAUGCUCCACCCUCAUUCAAACCGUCAAAGAAAUAUGCUGACCUUUCUGGUUUACCGGUGAGAGUUCUACCUUUUAAUUAUUUACCCUCUAAGCCUUAAUACCCAGUCACAUACAAAUUCUCCAGACUAAUCUUUGUACAUUUCCUUUGAGGAUAAGUUGGGAGAAUUUGAUAAAAGGUCAAUGCAUUUGUUAGUGAGCAUUUAACCAGUUCUUAUCUUUUGCCUUGAUUACGUACUGAUAUUGUUUGGAGAAAAUUGAAGUAGAUCAUGCUUGGGACCAUUCAUUAAAUUUAUUAAGAAUUAUCCUCUCUUUUUAAGGCAAAAUACAAGGACCCAAGGACUGGAAUACAAUAUAACAAUUCAGAUGAGUUUGGUUCAAUUCGCAGCCUUCCAAUGGAUAUUGUAAAUGGCUACUUGGCAUUACGAAAAGCAGCCCCUACCUAACUUUAUAUUCUCGGGUCUGUUAAAUGUGUAAAUAAUCUUUGAAAUGUUAUCACGAUUUCAAACAAAGUUAUGUAAAUAGUUUAUUCAAUUAAAAUGAAUCUUUUAUACAUACAAGAGCUAGGAUUUCGAUUUUGAAUGCCAUGUAUCUAUCAUUCAUGUCACAGAGAUUUAUGAAGACUUUAAGACGUUGACAGUGUAUGUCAAGUCUUUGAUUCAAUACAAAAGGAAAAUGAUAAUUAAAAAUUACAUUAGUGAUUUUCCUCAAUUUGUUAUUUUGUUCAGGGGAUUUCUUUACAAAGGGGAGAACUGGAGAGGAAAUGGUAGCCUGGUCACUCACCAAAGUCUUAAACAAGGACUUAGCUGUGGCUGAGUUUCAAAUUCUUAUACUUUUACAUACCACUUUUGACAAAAAGAUACCAGCUUUUUCACUUACCCUAAGAAGUGUUUUGGGUAACCCUUAAGUCCCAAUAUUCACAUUCAAAUUCUCCAGACUGAUCGCCAUACAGUUCCUUAAAGAAUAAGUUGAUAGUUUUUCUUUUUUUCAUAAAAGAUCAAAGCAUUUCCCCUUUGGUGAUCAUGUUCUCAAUUCUCAUAAACCUUUUUUCUUGAUUAUGUAAUGAUGAUGUUGGAAGAAAAUUGACAUUCAUCACUCUUGGGACUUAAAGGAACAGUAAAUGAGGGUAUUCAACUUCCUUAAGAAAUGGAAUGGAUCAAUCAAUGGAUCAAUAAUUGGCAGGGGCAUCAUUUGCAGGAUGCUUUGAAUUUUUUUUAGUAGUGAGAAAUACAAAUGAGGCAGUUUUCCUAGCCACGGUAUAGCCGUCCCAUUCUCUCAGGAAGAAAUCGGGAAAGAAAAACCCUUUCUGAUUUUUUUCCUCAGGGGAGAGGGUGGCUGUACACCGGCUUCAAUUAACCUCUACUCAUAGCGUGCAUGUAGACAUCUCCUUGUGAGCAACAAAGAAAAGAGGGGGCAACUACACGCAGGCUACUCGACUUGUGAAUCCUUGCUCUUUGAUAUACCUGUAGACUGAAAGGAUGAAAAAGGUACCCCAUAUAGGCGGAUUAUGGAAAGCAUUAAUUGACUAUUUUCCAAUUCCCCAUAAUACACUCUGUCUGCCCCCCAAAUUUUGCAUAACUUAUUGUCUUAAAAUGCUCUUGGGAAAAUGCAGUACUCCCAGGAGCAUUUAAAAACAAUGGUUUAUGCAAAAUUUGGGGGGCAAACAGAUUGUAUUAUGGGGAAUUGGAAAAUAGAGAAUGCGGUUCUUUAUCGAAUUGAAAAUAGAAUUCACUUUUCGAUUCUUUAGGUUUUUUAGGAUUCCACCAUAAAAGCCGACUCUUUUUGGAUCUCAAAAACAUUAAGCUAUUACGCCGUCCACAGUACUUUUUGCCCUGUCAUGGGCGCCCUGUGUUCCUGUCACGCAAUCCCUCGAGGUGACAAAACUUGGCAACGGCAUGGAGGACGAUACAGACGAAGAUAACAGCUUCGAUUAUAAUUUUAGUAAGCAGAGACAGGACAAGUCAAUUGAACUUUACCAAAGAAACGCUCUGGGAAACAUUGCUGCACAGUUAUUUCCCACAUAUGGAGAAUUGUUCGCCGUUCCUGUAGCAGCAAACUACGAAUAUUUCGACCUGCUCUCUGUGUUUGUUAAACGGGACAGACAUACCUUCGAAUUUGUUGGAACUUUACGCAAGAAUGGGGGUAUUUUAAUGGACAACAAUUUGGAUUUAUUACAUAUAUUAAGACCGCAUUUACAUAGCAGCUCAAAGAAAGGGGUAGAUAAGUAUCUAGUUGCUUUAAAACCUCCAUUCACCCACGAAGUAAGCGAGUUUUCUAUGGAAGACUUGGCUGGUCGUCCUGAGGGCAAAUACUUCAGCUGGAUUGAUUUAGGAACCACGCAGAUUGAGUAUGUCGACCCCGCGAAGCUCACUGCUAAAGUAAACAUGUUGAGAGUAGAUCAAGAGUCGUCUAAACUUGGCGGAAAACCUUGCGUAUACGUUGUCUAUAAGGUAUGCAUGCGCUAUCUUUUUUGACGCAUGAAUGUAAGCUCACUUGAUUUUCGAGAAAAAGCAGGAUCAAGAUUAAUGAUUCCCAGGUCAUUUGGUAUCUUGAAGCCUUGUACUUAACUGGUCAAAUGGUACCGUAUUUCCUCGAAUAAUUGCCGGGCGCUUAUUUCAAAUUUCGGCGUUUUACUUGUGGGGGUGAUUAUUACGUUUUCCUCCUUUUGGUAAUCAAGCUUACCCUAGUCCCAUUAUAAACAUAAGACACAGAUGUAUCACUGCUCAUGUUGAAUGUAAUCUUAAAAAUUUAUACCAUAGAGGCAAUUUUAAGAAACAAGUUUUCCUUGUAUCACUACUUUUUAACAAAAGUGAUGGAGAGGGGUACUUAUUUAAGAGAGGCAUUAUUUUGUUUUAUAUUUUGACCAAAUGGCAUGGGUGUUAAUUGGGGGGAGGGCAUGGAUACUUAUUUUAGGAAAUAUGGUAUUAUCUGGGGUUCCCGAGUUCAAUCCCUGCCCUAGGCAUGCUUGUUAAUAGCCAACUGGUUUGCCUCCGGGCAGUUGGGAUUUUUUUAAAGUCAUUUUUUUUCUACAUUGAAUCUUAGAAAGACUACAUUGAAUGGUUCCACUCGAUAAUUGAGUUUAAAAAAAUAAAAAUUUCAAAGCUUUCAUCUCCCUCUCUGUUUCCCUGAUGUGGGAUAUCCUUGCAGAGAUUAUAAAGCCACAGGACACCCACUUUUUGGAAAAUGAUCCUUUCAAAAUAGCAUGUCUGUGAAAAAGGCUUUUAACACACUUCAGUGAAAUACUAGGAGAGGUGGCCAUGGGUACUCCUUCCAAUUCUCAGAAAAUUAACUCUACUUCUAGACUAUCAAUGUCCUGGAUCUGCUAUGACUGUAAAUAGAUGGCUCAAAAAUUUAUCCUCUUCUUACAACUUAAUUCCCUCAGGUGUGGUAUUCUGACAGACUUCAUUACUAUCAUUCCAAAGAGUAUGUUUCUAGUACCUGGUUUGGUAAUGACAAGUCCUCGUUAGAAAAUCAAAUCAAACUUUGCACUAAGUCACUAGACAGAUGUUGUAUUCAUUUGGAUGCAAGAGAUGCUAGAGCUUUUGGUGUUUGUCGUAUUCCGCUUUCCUCAGAUGGCACACUUGGGACUCCCAGAUAUGAUGUCAACCUGGUAUCAAUCAAUCCCUUUCGGCCAGCUUCCACUGAGAGUGCAUUUUUUGCUGAAGGUAAGACUGCCUAUUCUCCUUUGCAGCCAUUCUUUUGGUCACCAAGCAAUACUCCUCCCCUUCCAGCUGCUGAGAAUCUAACCACAUUCCUUUCCCCACAUUAAGCCAAUCAGAUUUCACAGAGGGGGGGGGGGGGUGUUUCAUGACCAAAGACUGCCUUGAUAAGAUGUCAAUAUAGGGCUGCGCAUUAUAAGGCACUGUCCAAUCAUAGUAGUUCGUUGUUUAAAGUGUUGGAAUAGGAGAAAUGUAGUUUGCUAUACUGUAAACCAAUCCCAGCCAUCUUCAAUUUUAUUUUCUUCCCACCUUUCUAUUUGCUCAAAUAGUAAUUUUUAUUUGCACUUUCAUUUCUUGUGUACUUUUCUUUACCCAAAAUGUCCUUUCUCAUAUUUCAGAGCUGGACUUUGAUUUUAUCAAAUGGCUGAGAGCACAAGUGCAAGGCAUGAGAAAAAAGCAGAUUUGGCAACCUGCUCUGAGAAAGCUUUUUAGUUUUCCUGCCCCAGAUGACAGACAAGAAGCACUCAAGUUCUUGUUACAAACCAUGAAAAAGUUUGAGGUAGUGUUUUUAUUGAGAUUUUGCCCCGACCUGCAGAGUCUUUUUCCUGUUUUUACACACUGAAUGAUCCUCUUCAAAACAGGUCUGGUAUGUGAGAUCAGACCCCCCACCCCCCAUCUCCCCUCCUCCCUCAUCCAGUCCCUCUGAGAAUAAUAUGAAACGGCAAACUGAUUCUUACGUCAAGGCGAGUAAACAAAAGAAAAAAACAAAAACAUAUAUAUUUAAACAAAUUGCCGUAUAUUUCGGUUUGAAAACAAACCUUCUUCAGGGGCUGAAAGGAAAAUGAAAAUAAAACUAAAAGUUUGUUACAAAUAAGAAUUUAAAAAUGUGACAAUAAAAACAAUGGAUUGUUAUUGGUAUAGGAGACUAAGUGGUAUCAUAUAUCAGUGAGCUUUGUCACGUCUAUUUAUUGCGAGAGGAGAUAAUGUGUUCCCUUUGUGUAUUAAAUGAGCUUCUGGAGCCUUUCUCACUGCAUCUCAGUUACUGUGUAUGAGUUCAAGUGGGAUUAGAAUGACGUCAUUGAUUGAAUGUCCAGCUUGAUUAAAAUGUAAGGAGACAGGAGUGGGAUCAUUGAGUUGUUGGUGGUUCAAGAAGGAUCGGCAGUGUUCUCCAAAUCGUUCAUUUAGUUGGCGUUUGGUCUCUGCGAUAUACUGGCAUUUACAUUUGUUGCAUUGAAUUAAGUAGAUAAGAUUUUUGGAUUUGCAGGAUAAGUGGUCAACGAUUUUUCUUUGUUCAUUAGUUGCGGUAAAAAUGUAAUUUGUUUGGCGUUCCUGGAGAAAAGGAAAGGUGAGACAGCGUGGAUGGUUGCAUUUAUAAACUCCGGCAGGUUGUUGCGUGUGAGGUGUGUUGUUAUUCCGUUGGGAAUAGCCUGCGUGCAGAAGUCUCCUAUUUCCUUCGUUGUGGCGCAGAAAAGUAACUUUUCCCCGUGCAGCAAAGGCGAGAGGAGACUUAUGGAUGCAAGAUAUUAGGGAAUGGUUUGCACCACUUCGCUUGGGAAGCUUUGGAAAAUAUAGGCUGUUGUUUGAGGUGAAGCCAAUUUUACCCUUUUCAAGUUUUAGUAUGUCUAGUUGAUUUGAAAAGAAGGAACUCUGCCUUAAAGGGCUACGUGUCUCUUCCUUUCUGUCAGGGACACCCAACGAGAAUAUAGUUCAAAACCACUUAAACAUUGCAUUGUUGAAUGUAUUUUAGUAUUUAAACGGUAGAUAUAGGCAUAUUUUUAUCCCCUAAAAAUUUUUCAUCUGUUCGGAUUUCCUAGGUGAAAGUCUAGUGACCCGAAAACUAUAGGGAUCAAAACUUACCUUUUCGAAAAUUUCAGCUAGAAAAAAGGCUCCCGAGAAUUCUAGAAGACCUUUUAAGGGUAAAAAUGCGUUAAAUACGGGCAAUUAUACGAUUUUUUUUUUUGGGGGGGGGGCGAAAAUCCUAGGAGAGGCAGGCAAGCAAGAAAUUUAACAACAAAUGUUCCAAACAGAUAUUUUCCAAAAACUGUCGUUGGGUGCCCCUGUUCUGUGUCCUAAUUUUCUCUCGGCUUAUGUCUGGUUUCCUCUUUUUCCUUUCAGACUGAAAGCGAGAAUGCUAUUCAACUGGUUGAUUUUUCUGCGAUAUUUCCUGACCCACCCUCAUGUCUAAAGUCUAGUCCAUCAAUCAUGUCAUCGUUUCUUAAAGGCGCUGGGAUCAUUCUUACCGCACCGCAACUUGCUGAUGACGGCGAAGUAUAUGAGGAGCAAAUUGUGUUUCAGCCACAAAAUUGUCAGGAAAAUCUGAGGAUUUUGGAAGCGCUUUUUACGGUUCUUGUUAAGGGUAAUGUUUUUAAAUUCAGCUAAAUCGUUGAAGAAAUAUCCCCAUCGCACUUUAAAGGCUUAUAAUUUGAACUUAACUUUAAAAGCUGUACGUUUGCUUGCAGGUGUGAUUACAGAACAGCAAGGAAAAAGCGUUUCCCAACUUCUUGCAACAGAAGUUGUUUCUCUUCAAGAACUGGUAUGUAAUGAAUUUGUCUCGUCAGUGGCUAAAAUAAUAGGCUCUUGUGAAGAAAUACUGCAAGCCGUUGUCGGAGGGCUGACUUACAAAAAUGACGAAAAUUUCGCACAUUUCCGAAACACCUCUUAUUGAAAACUCAUGAAAAUUCCAAUGGCGGUCGUUUUCGACCUCAACGCCCUGUAAAGCGAUCCCAUUCCACUUUAAACUUUACCCACUAAAAAGCACGCCUUGCUGCCAGUCCCCCUGUCCGUGCUUUAGCCGCCCCCUCGAGCGGAAACUUGCGCAAAUGUAACCACUCAAAACGGAAAAUAGUUAAUAACGCGUAUCAAGCUCCCACAUGCUUCACUCGGCAGUCGCCCGCUCUGUCUUAGCGAACAGUUGCGCAUUUCUCAGCACCACUCAGCACGAAAGUAAAACUUAGCGUGACUUGAUUUUCCACGCUGCCACGCUUUCGUGUACGCGUGUUGGGCACGUGUGCUUUGCAUGGGAUGAUCAUUUUGUGAGCAGGGCGAGAAAAGGUUGAUCUGCCCUCUAGGCGAACUCUCAUUGGUCUGUAGCAUCAGUCAGCGAUUUAUGUGGCUUUUUCGUGAUCCAAAGACGUUUUAAUGGACGUAUGAGUGACGGAAUUGUUUUCUUUUUCAGUUUCACACGCAGAUGGGGUGCAUAUGUUCCCCUUGUAAAACUCUUAAUCCACGCGAAAAGCCUUUGUCCCAAUUGUGGAAAAAACCAUCGCGGACAAGAAAUUACCUCGAGAGCUUGGGACUUCGGGAGAUUCUCCAUGAAAACCAAAUGGUUGUCAUCUGCCCUAAAAACUGCCAACUGUUAAAUAUUUUAUCGCUUUUUCAUGGCAGUAUUGAGUAAUGGAUCGAUAAAUGUAUGUAUCAAUUUCAAUAAUACCUCCACCUGCUUUUGUGAAUGCUAAACACACCAGAUGCAAACUGGUCCGCACGCUAUAUUUCUGUUUCCUUUUCAAAUAUUGUAAUGGACUGCUGAUAAGGGCUAAAUAAAUAAUGAGA